AUGGGUGUCCAACUCGAACACCUCGGCCAGAGUCUCGAGCAGUACGGACCAUGGCACUUUGGGGAUGCCCAGUUCGAGGACGGCCACCGUGCCGAGCUCGAAGCGGCGCUCUUGCAGACGGCUACCAUCUCCGGCUUGGGUGACAGACUGCUGGAGAUCUCAAAGGGGAGCAGAUCGGGAAGCCAAAGCUCGGCUCGUCUCGAGCUGAAGCUCAAGGUGAAGCCCACACCUCCGGGCUCGCCGGCGCGGACCGCAUCCGGGGCAUCUACCCCGUGCCGUCUUCGCACUCCGGGCCUUGCCUCAAACGUCGCCGGCCGGAUACGGAUUAUCGAUGGCCCUGGAACGUCGUCAACGACAUACAAGAAGCGGCGGCUCCUCCGCCAUCUCAUCACCUCGCGCCUCUCGCAGCCGUUCUCUCUCCCCGCCACCCAUAUCCUCAACCGGGAGGCGGUCACUUCCGGCGACAAACGCUUCCUCAAACUCACGGCCAUCAUGUCGGCGCGGCGUCUCAACAGCGCCGUGGUCGCUUCGCCUCAGGCCCCGUGCCCUCCGCAGCAGCCCAACCCGUCGACCUGGCUCCAUCGCGCAGCCUUGCUCAACAGCCUCCGCAGUCGGGUGUACGCCACAGCCGCCGAGCGCGCCAACAUGCCCGUCCCGGACCUGGCCGCCAAAACCGCCGUUUUCCAGCAGAGCCACGGCUCGACAACGGCAUUCGUCGGCGGCCGCUACCUCAUCACCACACCCAAUCCCAAUAACCACCCCACCCACGCACCGCCCCACCGGCGACCACCCCUUCCCGGAUCCCCACAGCCACACUCGAGCUUCCGCCCGUCGGGUCCCGGCAACCACCACAGCCACGGCAACGGCCCGAUCCACAUCCACCAACACCCCACCCACGCGGGUCUCACCACCGGCCACCACCACCACCACCACCACCACCACGCACCCAAAACCUGCCUGCGCAUCCCCUCCCCCACGCUCCGCCCUCUCCGCUCGCCCGAGCUUCGCGUAACCCGGCCGCUGAUUCCGCUCGAAGACAUUGAGCCGCUGUACGACGAGUCCUCGGACGACGGCAUGGCUUUUCCCACGUCGGAGCUCGAGAGUCGGUAUGUGUACGAUGAUGAGGAUGACGAUUGGGGAUGGCCGAGGGGGGUGGGGGGGGUGUAUGCGGAUUUUAGUGUUUAUUUUUUGGUGGGGGGUGGGGGGUGGUAA